GUAACUUCCGAACAAAAAAAAAAUUGGUGUUGUCGUCUUCCCAGGCCUUCUUUUGAACAAAUUUGAAGAAGAAGAAGUAGAACCGAGUACCAACAGCUCAGCAGCAACUGUUCCAUCCUCUCUCUCUCUAUAUAUAUGUAUAUAUAUAUAUAUCUGAUACUAUUUCAUAUUACAUAUUGAUAAGGUAAAUUUUCCAAGGAAAAUAUCUUUCAAUGCUUCUGAAUCUCUUUAUCUUCGAAUCACAUUUCAUUUUCUCUCAACCCAAAAAGGAAAAAAAAAAAAGUCGUUAAUUGCUGUUAGGUCACGGUUCAAGUGGGCUUUCCAAUCUGUGUCCAAAUUUCAAUUCUUGCCCCAAGUAACUUCCACCUUUUUCCUGUAGAUUUAGCUUUUGUUUUCCCUUUAGCUUUUCUUUUUGUUUACCUUUUCUCUAAUUUUCUCUUGAGCUUAUAGUAUUGUUUUAAGGGUUAAGUUUAAGAUCUGAAGUUGUAAGAUUUUGAAAUUUGAUAUCAAGUUCUAGUUUGAGAUCUAACUUUUUCUUUAGCAUCAUUAACAACCAGUCAUUUAUGUUUUUCUUUUAAUGUGAUAUUUAUUUUCUUCAUUAAUAGAUAAAAGUUGGGUCAGCCUUUACCAGGUAAGUUUAAAGCUUCCAGAUUCAGAGGCCUUUUUUCUAGAAUCAAAAUUUUCUAUAUUCUUGGUUGUUGCUGGUGAUGGAUCUAUAGCAAUAUGUCUUCAAAAAGCUGAGAAGGGCUCUGUAUUGGUGCUGUUGUUGCUUGUCUCGACUCGAAUUCAUACCAUCUUCAACAUUUUGGAAAGGGUUUGUCCAGUUUGAUUUGAGGGUUUCUAUCUGUGCAUAGCUAGCAAAAUUCAACUUUUUGGUCUGGUGGAGGCUUUUGCUGAGAUUCUGGUGGUGGUCAGAUAGUUGGAUAUGAAUAUAUGAUGAUUGUGAUGAUUGUAUAUCAUUAUUGUUACUGAGUUUCAUUUAUAGUUCAAAGGUCAUUGUCUUUCACAAGACAUUUUUAGCCAUUCUUGUUGUCUGCUAUUGCACAAACGUCUGGCAUUCUAGAUCAAGGAAAAGGGGUUCUAUUUUGACAUGGUAGGGGUUUGAAUUCCAGCUUCCCAUAGACUCCGCUAUACUUUUUCUCGCCGAGGCGGAGUGGCUCUUAGGCUCUUCUGUGGAGGAUGAUUGAUCAGUUCAUCAAUUUUGUCAUUCGGCCGCCCAGGGCGGAAUAUAACCCGGAUCAGUAUUUAUGGGAAAAAGAUUUUAGUCUUGCAGGCAGAAAAUACAAAAGACAAGACCUGGAGCUUAGAAAUGGAAGAGGCCACAUGUUGCAGUGUAGUCAUUAUGUGCCUUCGCCUUUCCCAGAAAACACUCCUCUUCCUUGUGUUAUAUACUGCCAUGGAAACAGUGGAUGUAGGGCAGAUGCAAAUGAGGCUGCUGUAAUUCUUCUUCCAUCAAACAUUACUGUGUUCACUCUUGAUUUUUCGGGGUCAGGCUUAUCCGAUGGUGAUUAUGUCAGCCUUGGUUGGCAUGAGAAAGAAGAUCUCAAGGUUGUGGUGUCUUAUCUGAGAAGCAACGAACAAAUAUCACGUGUGGGUCUUUGGGGACGGUCAAUGGGUGCAGUAACUGGCCUUCUUUAUGGAGCAGAAGACCCAUCCAUAGCUGGAAUGGUGUUGGAUAGUGCCUUCUCAAACUUAUUUGAUCUAAUGAUGGAACUUGUGGAUGUGUACAAAAUCAGGCUUCCCAAAUUUACUGUUAAGGUGGCAGUACAAUACAUGCGACGGAUAAUCCAAAGGAAGGCCAAAUUUGACAUUAUGAACCUUAAUUGUAUAAAGGCUGCACCCAAAACAUUUAUUCCUGCUUUAUUUGGACAUGCUAAGGAUGACAAGUUUAUUCAACCCCGUCACUCUGAUCUCAUCUUUAAUUCCUAUGCGGGGGAUAAAAAUAUAAUAAAAUUUGAUGGUGAUCACAACUCCUCUCGACCACAGUUCUAUUAUGAUUCAGUAUCAAUUUUCUUCUACAACAUCCUUCACCCUCCUCGAGUUUCUCCUGCUUAUUCAAGUAAGCUUGAGAAAUAUUAUGAUUUGGGGGACCUGAAGGUUGGUGCUGGUAUAGAUGAGAGUCUAUUAUAUGAGAUAAUCACUGGUCUUCGAACUGUGGGUACCGAUGCUGCAAGCUCAUCAUCUGCACCACCUAGUACUUUGAACACAAAAUCUGUCAGUGAAUUUCUUUCUGAUAUUCCUCCAGUUACAAGUGAAUCCUUAAUCAAUGAAGAUAAUAUACUAAAUGAUGAUGACCCGUCACAACUACAGGAUAAGCCAAUUGGCCCAAAUGAGGAAUGUUGCUCGUAUACAAGCUCAAAUAGAGAGAGUUGGGGAAGAUGCUCGUCUUUGGGUAGUUAUGACGAACCUUCUGCAAAUUGCACAACUGCGAACAACAGCGAUCAGAUGAUAGCGGUGCUUGCAACCCCUCUUCGAGGUAUCCAACAGAAACCACCAGACUCACCAAAAGAGGGAAAGAAGAAAAAAGCUCCGACAGUUGCAAAGAAGACCAAACGCGAGAAAUUUGAAAAACUAGAGGCCCUAAGCCAACGGCUGCGCCAUUGCAUUCUGAAGCGAGUUAAUCAUAGGAGACAUCGCUCCUCAUGAUACCUAAAUGUAUUUUAGAAAAGAUAGGUGGUUUGUAACUGUAGCUGUUCCCCUCAAUUUAUUUUGUAAAUUUUUCAUCUCUCCUUGUAUCAUUUUCUCCAAAUGUACAACCAUGAGUUCUGAUCAAAAUUCAGGAUACCAUUUUAACUUUUGCA